GUUCAUAAAGCGUACAAUAAUGAUGGCAAUGGCAAGCUUAAUUAAUUCUACAGCAACUUUAAUAAACGAUGCCUACAAUUAUUAUCUUUGGACGUUAUCCCUUGCUGAUGAACGAACGAGAGGAUGGCUUUUGGUUGAUUCCCCGAAACCUACUUUGAUAUAUACAAUGUUGUAUUUACUCAUUGUAUGGGCUGGGCCAAAAAUCAUGAGAAAUCGAAAAGCCUUCAAACUAACAUGGGCUCUUGUUCCGUAUAAUCUUGCAAUGGCCUGUCUUAAUGCGUACAUCGCGAUACAAUUAUUCGUAGCAUCUACUAGACUACGUUAUAGUUAUGUGUGUCAACCAAUUAGACAUGUAACUCGUCCAGAUGAAUUGCAGAUUGCUCAUGCUGUCUGGUGGUACUACUUUAGCAAACUUUUGGAGUUCUGUGAUACAUUUUUCUUUAUUUUACGAAAAAAAGAUAAUCAAUUAAGCUUCCUUCAUGUUUACCAUCAUUCUACCAUGUUUUCGUUAUGGUGGAUUGGUAUUAAAUGGGUACCAAGCGGAUCUACUUUUCUUCCAGCAAUGGUAAACAGUUUUAUACAUGUUCUUAUGUAUUCAUAUUACGGUUUGGCCGCAUUGGGACCCUCCGUAGCUAAAUAUCUCUGGUGGAAAAAAUAUUUGACGAUUCUUCAAUUGAUCCAGUUUACCACUGCCUUGAUUCUUGGCAUCAAUGGUAUUCGAUCAGGAUGUGAUUUUCCACUUUGGAUGCAAUAUGCUCUUGUCAUUUACAUGAUCUCUUUUAUCGUUCUAUUUGGAAACUUUUAUGCCAAAGCUUACAUUGCUAAGGGCAAACAAGCAUAUGCGGAGAGACAAUUAGAAAAAAUGAAAGUAGAUACUCAAUCGAAGAAAGAAAUUACUGAUGGAACUGUGUGUAAUGGAAAUAUUUCAAAUGGACAUGCUAACGGAUAUGCAAAUGGUGUAUGUAAAAAAAUUCAGUGAAAAAUGCAAUCCAAAGUUCUUUAAAAUAUUAAAGAUCGAAUUAUGAUAUACAUACUUAGUUACAAAAUCAAAGUAAAUAGAAAUUGGAAAAUCGAUAACGAUAAACCAAAUCUAUUUGAUCAGAAUUUUUAGUUCUUACAACUGCCGUUUUGUUCGCGGUGCUUAAUACAUUAUACCGUUACAGAAAAAUUGGGUUUAAUAUAAAAACCCGAUAUUUCUCUGACGAAUUAAAUGCGAUUAUAUAUCGGCCUGGAAUUUUUUUAUUUUUGGAUCAGCAACAUAAACUUUGAUAAAUUGCUGGUCUAAGAUAUUGUAAAUAUAAAUUAGUCAACUUCAUUAGCAGUUUAGUUUUCAGUAGGUGAAUUAUAUAAGAUCCAAUGUGAUCGAUUACGAUAAUGUUAUAUAAGUUUAAACUAAGCGAUCUUUUUGUGACCAGUAGUUAAAAUUUGCAUUAUAAAAAAAAAAAAAAAA